AUGAAAUUCUUACUUACUGCACUAAAACUUUUUUAUGUCUUGGACUCAAAUUUGAUGCCUUUCCCUACUACAACUGAUGAAGACAUUGAUGAGAUAAAGGCACAAAGAAAGAAACAGGUGGAAGACAAACUGAUUUGCAGAGGGCACAUUCUUAAUACUCUUUCGGAUUGUCUUUAUGAUCUCUACACAUCAAUGAAUUCACCGAAGGAGAUUAGGAAUACUUUGGAGGAAAAGUACAAAACUGAGAAAAUAUUGGUCAAUAAACUUCAUGAUUUGUCAAUCAAUAUUUCUGAAUCAUUCCAAGUAGGAGCAAUCAUUGCAAAACUCCCACCAAGUUGGAAUAAUUUUAGGAAGAAGCUUUUGCAUAUGUCAGAAGAUCUCACUUUAGAACAAUUCGAACAUCAUCUCCAAAUUGAAGAGGAAAGUUGGGUUAGAGAUAGGACUAACACCGAUUCUAAAGUGAAUGUGAACAAUGUGAGCAAUGUUCAAAGUGGGAGUUUGAGUAAGACCGAUAAGCACUUAAAGGUGAACAAGAGUGGGAGUUGUUUCAAGAAGAACAACUCCAAGAAUCCCAGCAAGGACAAGAAGAAUCGGACUUGUUUCCAUUGUGGAAAGAAAGGUCAUUACAUUUGCAAAUGUAAGCUCUUAAAGAAUAAGAAAAAGAAUGAAGAAGGCAAAGCCAAUGAAACAAAUGCCAUUUAG